UAAUAGAUCCAUAUAUUCUCAAGUCAGCCUGGGGAUACUGACCUGUGCUUGCCAUUACCUUUUUUCUUGUUAUUUUAUUUUAUUUUGUUUUUUUUUUUACGUGGAUGUAUGUCCUUGUUGUUUUAUUAGUGUGACCAUAGUCUGUUUAUAUCAUGCUGGCAUGCGUCUCUUUCCCUCUCUCCCUCUCUGUAUUGUUGUGUUUCCAUGUCUUCCCGUCUGUCCCUCCCCCUUGCUCCCUCCAUCACUUUUGUUGCGCUUUCUCAAUAGUCUUCUCGAUUUCUGUUUUGUCCAACUUUCAGAACUGGAAUGUACCAAAACCACACCAAAGACACCAACAACAACUGCAAUAAACGGCUUCUCUGUGAUCACAAGGAAAAGCUUAUCCAGGCUAUUAAAAGAAUCAAGCACGAGGUAGAUGAGUGCAGAGAAGCAGAGAGAGAGACAUACGCAGAGUCAGUGGAAGUAGAGAGCAGUUUCGAUGACCUGGAAAGAGAAAUCAGAGCCGAGUUUCAGAACCUCCACCGUUUCCUGGAUGAGGAGGAGUAUAAGGACUUGGAGCGACUGAGGAGGGAGAGACAGAAACAACUAAAGCAGCUGAAGGAAAGAGAGAAGAAAAUAGCAGAGCAAGGGAAAGACCUGGAGAGAGCAAUCACAGUGCUCAACAGCAAACUGUCUGAGGAGGACAGUCCUAAACUGCUCAAAGUGAGGAGGCGUUUUCCCUACCAAAAACAGAAGACACUACCUAUGACUACCACUCAAGAAAUUCAAGAUCUCAUCAAAAGGUCUCAGGUCAGCUUUGUUCUUCCAGCAGAGGUGGACACCGAGGUGCGCUCCGGCCAGUUUGUGGGGCCCAUUCAGUACAGGAUAUGGAAGCACAUGAAAAACUGCCUUUAUCCAAAUAUUACAUUGGUGACCUUUGAUCCUGAGACAGCCCACCCUAAUUUGUCCAUGUCCGAGUCUUGCACCUCAGUGUGGUUUGAGGAGAAUAAGGACACGAAGGAUUGUCAGGCCAAUCCACGACGGUUCCACUAUUAUUACUGUGUGCUGGGCCAUCAGAGCUUCACCACAGGUCGACACUACUGGGAGGUGGAGGUUGGACAUAAGACAGCAUGGAGGUUGGGCGUGGCUCGAGAAGAUGUCCCAAGAGGGGAGAUGGCUGCUACAGGCACCACCAAUGGCCUCUGGACCCUGGCCCGGAAGGGAGGCUCUAUCCUAGCCUGCACCGACCCAAAACCCACCAAGGUCAAAGUAUCUGUCUGUCUUGUCCGCAUUGGUGUGUUCUUAGACUGUGAGAAAGAGGAGGUGUCUUUCUAUAAUGCUAUUACCAUGGCGCCAAUCUACACCUUCACUUUGGGUACAGUCAUGGUUCCCCUUUUCCCCUUCUACAAUCCAUGUGACACAGAUGAUGGGAAGAACACGGCAGCAAUUAAAAUCUUUAACCCUUCACUAUGAUAAGGGGCCUUUCUCAACAGCUUGAACACUGAUGGUCAGGCAGAGAUCUGCAAUACAAAUUUUAUAUUAGUAGAAUGUUAUUAAUAUAUUUAGAACCGAAAGGAAGCAAAAAAUUGGCUAUUAAUUUGAAAGAAAAUAAGAAGAAAAUAAGAAAAUUAUUUGGCAACUAAUCCAGCUUUUCCAAUUUGAAGGCCAAUUUGUGGCUUUUCUUUUAUCUUAUGU